AUGUUCAACUUAUCAUUUCCAAGAUUUGCUGAUUUUGUCAUCUUCUAUUCCUUCUUCUUCUUUUCGAACUUCGUUUCAAUAACAGAUGCGUCGACGGCGACGACGACAAUAAAUGUGGUCUGUGGAACGGAUGUUGAGCUGACUUGUCCAAUUCGUUCCGUAAAAAAAUCCGAUGAAGUGAUUUCAUGGUUUCGUCCAAAUUCAUCACAAAAUCAUCUAACCUUUAUUUCUAUUGGUGAUAUUCUUCUUCCGGAAUACGCCUCGAUCAGUCGUUUUAAUCUCAUUUCCUCUCCAUCAUCCAUCUCACGUUUAUUAAUAAAUAAUGUUCUACUCGAAGAUCAAGGUUACUAUAAAUGUAAAUCAAGCUCAACUGGUCAACACAGUGUUGAACUAACUGUUAAUUCUCGACCAUAUCUGUCUCCGUCAUCACCCAUUCUUCUAUAUCCAGUCAAUCGAACAUUUUCUAUCACAUGCUCAUUGUUAUGCGAAGAAUCAAUUGAACUUAAUCAAUUAACUUGGCUCGUUAAUGGACAUGCAUUAAGUGAAGAUCGACAUGAAUUUUUUAUUGAAACAGUCUCUUUUAAUACACAACGUUUAACAAUUUUCUUAAAUAAGAAAGCACAUCAAUUUAGUCAAGCCAACUACACUUGUAAAUACAAUGGCAAAGAAUCUUCAAUCUUUGUGAGACGACGAACUAAAGAAGAAUUGCAUCGCCUACCGCGUCAACAAGGCUCAUCUGCUGCUUAUUUACUCCAAACUGCAUUUGAUACAGCCCAUACACAUUAUCACGCUUCUCACCAGUAUCUUCUCGCAUUUUUCUUGCUAUUAUUAACAAUACUUUAUUGUGCAAUAUGA